AUGGAAUUUACAAAGGAAGGAGUAAUGACGCAUAAAGAAGAUACCAUACCUAAUUCUAACAAUGGUCAAGACGAUGAAAGACUGGAUUUAUUCUACAAUCCAAAAAAAGUGCUUUUAUAUAAGAAAAAAGAUAUAACAGCUAUUCAGAAAAAACUUGGUAUUAAUAGUAAUAUAAAUCAAAUGGCAGUGUCAGAGAGUGAGAUAGCGAAAGAACUUGCCAAUUCAUAUGAAUUGCUGUUAGAAUUGGUGAGGGAUUUAAUACUUAUACAGGGGAAACUUGGUAAAGAUAUCAAUCCCAUUUUAGAAGCAGAACUUAGAAGGGAUAAAGCCUCUUCAGAUAAACCAAUUAGAUUAUUUGAUUUGCUUUUAUGCUUAGAAGAUGAUAUAGCAUCAAUUUAG